AUGGAUAGUUUUGGUGAGUACGGAAAAAGAAGGGGAAACUUUAUCUUCGAUCUUCAAUCUUCGUUCAUGACGCUUCAAUGCUGGAAAAUAAAUAAGUUGAUAGUUAGUUUGAUCUCCCGGAUAAUAGCGGCGUUAAAUGACAGAGCUGCGAUUCGGGAAAAUAACUCGGUGAUUCCGUCAUUGGUUUUUGAAGAAACUGACCAGUAUUCGGCUCUCAGACACUCGGCGAUUGUGAUGGCACGUUUUUCUACUAUCUCAUAGACUUGGGUCGACUGGA